AGGUCUACGGUCACACUGGCACGAUUGUAGUUUAUUUUGUGUGGUUUUGUUGUUGUUUUGUUUAUUAUGCAUUUCUUUUUUAUUGUUUGAGUUCGCGAGUUGUGCGUCGGCAUUUAAAUUAAAUCCGUGCAAUUCGGCAGUGGUGGCCAAUAGUUUUAUUGCAUGGCGGGAAUUGUGGUUGAAUAAAAAAAGGCGAAGAAAACCUAACAAAUGUGCAAUGUGCGUCAAGUCAAUGGCAAUACAAACGAACAAUUAUUGCUAACGUAAUCGGGCCAAGGCACAAAAACAUUCCAUGCAUCAUCAUCAGCAACGCCUGCGGGAAAAUGGCGGACGAGGAGGAUCGGGAUCAGGACCAGGAUCAGGAUUGUGCGCCCAUUGCCGGGGUCAACUACUGCCCCAUCCGGAGGAGCCCAUCGUGAUGGCCCUGGGUCAACAGUGGCACUGCGAUUGCUUUCGCUGCUCCGUUUGCGAGGGCCACCUGCACAACUGGUACUUUGAGCGCGAGGGUCUACUGUACUGCCGCGAGGAUUAUUACGGCCGGUUUGGCGAUGCCUGCCAGCAGUGUACGGCCGUAAUCACCGGACCCGUAAUGGUGGCCGGCGAGCACAAAUUCCAUCCGGAGUGCUUCUGCUGUGCAGCAUGUGGUUCCUUCAUCGGCGAGGGUGAAUCGUAUGCGCUGGUCGAGCGGUCGAAGCUCUACUGUGGCCAGUGCUAUGGCAAGCGAUCCUGCCAGCCGGCGGAUGCCAAGGCACGUAUCACGACGGCCGGCAAGCCGAUGCACUCCAUCCGUCUGGUGGAGAUCCCCAAGGACGCCACUCCAGGCCUGAGGGUCGACGGAGUUGCCCUGGACGAUGGUUGCCCCACAGUCCGAAUUACAGACUUGUUCUGUAACUUCUUCAUCUGGCUGACCUCGGUGGCGGAACAGUGCUGUGGUGCGCCUUAUAGAAUCGAUGUGAAUCUGACUAACUUGCACAUUGGGGACCGCAUCCUGGAGGUGAACGGCACGCCAGUCAGUGAUUCUUCGGUGGAGCAGAUCGACAAACUGAUCCGGAGUAAUGAAAAGAUGCUGCAGCUGACCGUGGAGCAUGAUCCGGUGCAAGUGUGCCGCUCCUGCAGCCAAGCGGAUAUCCAGAGGGCCAUGUCAGCGUCCACGUUAAUCCUGCCGCUCAGCACUUCGGCCUCCAGUGUGGAGGUGGGCAGGGAGCGACUCUAUAAGACGCCCGGCGAACAGGGAUCGAAGGCCAGGAAACUGCGGCAAGCCAGCAAUGCCUCAACCACCAUACCACCGGCAGCCGGAGCCGCUGCAAUGACCCAACUCAAGGAGAAGGAGCGAUGCUCCAGUCUGUCCAAGCUGCUCGAUGAACAGCAUCAGGCGCAACAGCACUCGGCACAUCCCCAGCUCUACGAUCUGUCCAGGACACAAUCCUGUCGAGUGGUCCAAAAACCUCAGAGAAUUUUUCGGGCCUCCGAUCUUGUUAUUGGCGAAAAGUUGGGCGAGGGCUUUUUUGGUAAGGUCUUUAAGGUCACACAUCGCCAGAGUGGCGAGGUGAUGGUCCUCAAGGAACUCCAUCGGGCGGAUGAGGAAGCCCAAAGGAAUUUCAUCAAGGAAGUGGCUGUUCUCCGUUUGCUGGACCAUCGCCAUGUACUCAAAUUUAUUGGAGUGCUAUACAAGGAGAAGAAACUGCACAUGGUCACCGAAUAUGUGGCCGGUGGUUGUCUCAAGGAGCUGAUCCACGACUCUGCCCAGAUCCUGUCCUGGCCGCAGCGCGUCUGCUUGGCCAGGGACAUUGCCUGCGGCAUGAGCUACCUGCACUCGAUGAACAUCAUCCAUCGUGAUCUGAACUCGAUGAAUUGUUUGGUGCGCGAGGAUCGUUCGGUUAUAGUGGCGGAUUUUGGUCUAGCACGCAGUGUGGACGCACCGCGUCUGCCUGGUGGGGUCGCAUCCUCCGAUCGAGGUGGCAAUGGAACUCCGGGCGGCUAUGGAUCGGGAGCUGGCAGCGAUGCGGCCAUGUCGCCGGGCGGAACUCUAAGGCGCAGCAAGAGCAGACAGCGAAGGCAGCGAUACACGGUGGUCGGGAAUCCCUACUGGAUGGCACCCGAGAUGAUGAAGGGCCUCAAGUACGAUGAGAAGGUCGACGUCUUUUCCUUCGGCAUUAUGUUGUGUGAGAUUAUUGGACGCGUGGAGGCGGAUCCUGAUUUUAUGCCCCGCAACUCAGACUUCAGCCUCAAUCAGCAGGAGUUCCGCGAGAAGUUCUGCUGCCAGUGUCCGGAGGCUUUUGUCAAAGUGGCCUUCGUGUGCUGCGACCUCAAUCCGGAUCUGCGUCCUUGCUUUGAGACCCUGCACGUGUGGCUCCAGCGGCUGGGCGAUGAUCUGGCCGCCGAUCGUGUGCCACCCGAGCGCCUCCUUUCCGAAAUCGAGAACUUCCAGGAGUGGUACGCCAGCUCCGAGGAUGCCCUCUCACCCACCUCGCAGCGCAGCUUGAAUAAUCUCGAUGAGGUGGUCAAGAUUGCGAUUGAAACGGAAAUUUCAACAGGGGAAAAGGAGAAGGAGAACCAGGUUAUCAAGCCGCAGGAUAUACCAAAAUCACCGCAUCUCGGCAAGGAUUUCUCGCCGAGCGGUGAGAGAUUGCGGGAUAGUAUGCGUGCCAGGCGUCGCCAGCGUUUUCUGGGCGCCCAGGAGGAGCGCCGUAAUCUCACGCCGGAAACAGAGUCCAAGGAAAGAGCCUUGAAGCAGGCGCUCAGGAAAUGUCGACCGUUUGGUGAAAGAGGUUACUUGGUAGACCUGCGACCCGGUGCCGAACUGCAGCUGCAGGAUGUAAGGGAUUUGAAUACCUACUCCGAUGUGGAUUCCAGUUGCGAUACGAGUUUGAAUUAUCAUGAUGUAAACAAUCUGCCAGCGUCACAAGAAGACGAAAAGCCAGUGAAAACGACCAAGGAGGAGUUGGAGGAGAACGCAACCAGGACGGGUUCUCAGCAUCGCCUGGCCAUCGACGAUAUGCGCACCCGCUUGCAUCAGUGCCGCAGCAAAUUCGAGCAUUUGGAGGAGGCCAGCCGACGGAACUUUAACCAAUCCCAGCACUCGAUGAGGAAUUUUUUCAAAACCCCACCAGUGGCAUUAAAGAUGUUCCAGCGUUUGGAGCACGAGGCAGCGGCACUGAAUGGUGGCAACAAUUGCCCACCGCCACCGCCUCGCACGCAGCGCAUCAACCAGACGCCCAUCUUUGGACGAAAGAAUCAGCCGGCGGCAAGUGUGGGACAAAAGUUGCAGCAUGCGGAAUCCCUAGAGCAUUUAGCUUCCAGCGGAGUCGGCAAGCAAUUGGCCACGCCGGCGCCUAAAAGGAGCAAGGCCGGCACAACGACAAAAAGUCAGAACAGUAGCAUCACCACCGACCCGCCCAGCAUCAGUAGUAGUGUUAAUUUAAACAGUGUGGGCAAUGAGACUACCAGUUGUCCACCACCCGCCCCAGAUUGGCUGCCGAAAAAGCACAAGAUGACACUGACGCUACCACUCCCGCCGCAAUCACGUGUGCCCCCGCAACUGCCGCCGCAGCGAACGAGCAACAAUCAUCGCCUGCCAUCGACCAAUAGCAAAGGAAAGCCGCUAAAGCCACCGCCCAGUCGCACAGCCCAAGGAGUGCCCGCCAGCAAUGGCGUCUCGCCCACCAGAAGCAGCAGGCCAGGAUCCCCCAGCAAGCAUCUGGCCCAGAGGCACACUGCCGCCACGGCCCAGCGAUUGACCAAUGCGUCCGCUGCUUACCAGCAACAGCAGCCACAACAAUCCUCAAAGACCACACGCCUAAACAUCCUCAGUCCGGAGAAGGUGCAUCGCCUGGGAACCCGUCUCAGCGAUCAGAAGCAGAAAAUGCGCGAGGAAGCAGCGGCGACAGGCGCAUCUGCCGGAGCAUCACCCGCAACGGGAUCCGCCAAUGGUCACCUGCAGGGAUAUCGGACAGGUGCCUCGGGAACGACGAAUCCUGUCGGCGGCGAAAGAAGGAGGCGAGCACCACCGCCACCGGUUCGCACGCAUUUCAAUACGCGCUGCUAGCUGGCAAAAUUCGCUUUGCUCUAUAUAUACUGGAUUGUCAAGCGUUGUGCACAGUGUAUUGUUCCACUCAGGGAGCUCUUUUAAGCAGUAUAAUUUUGGAAUGACUAACUGUUGUAAUUAGCCUAAUUGUUUUUACCAUGUAACUGUUGUAAUUCAUAAUACUGUUCGCUUUUCUAAUGUACAGAAAUACCUAUUCCACUAUUUAACCAUAAUAAUACUAAAUUUCUGUAACAUUUCAAUCAUUUUUCUGUGUAACCAGUCAUUUUAUAUAACUAUUUAACACUUUUAAAAUGGAAAUAACGUAAAUUAACCAGUGAACUGUACCGCUGUUGUAAACUCAACUGUUAUAUACGCACAUGACAAAAUCAACAUUCCAACAAAAUACAGGAUUCGACUGCGAAAACACAACAAAAAAUUUAAAAACGAAUAUCGAACUAUAGCGACACUCUUCGAAUUGAAAACUAAAUGAUUCUGUUAAUGCUUAAUUUGAGGGAUAAAUAGAAAUCAAUUCCAAGAGCGGCAAUCGACGACAGCUUAGAAGGCGGUCGAAAACAAAUUAUAAGAAGGGCAGCUACACAAUUAUAACAGUGAUGCUCAAAAAGCUGUACGAAAACUGUUAUACUCAGCGCUUUAUGAAGUGUUUAUAUUUUGUUUCUAACAUUAAAUUUUAAGUUUAAACAAACCGAAGGUUAAGUGCCUGUUAAGAAAGAAAAAACCACAAAGUUGCAAUAUUUACAUAGAUUGUAUAAUGUACCAUGCGAAUAAUUAUAGUAUUUAAGAUAACAGGGUAACAACUGUUUUGACUAACCUAACGAACUCAACUAAAAUGCUAAGCAAUUACUUUUUUAGCCCACCAUUGUCUGACAUAAAGUUAUAUUGAGAAAGAGAUAGAGAGUUACAGAUGAUGAGAGGGAAGAAACUUGUGCCAUGAAGCUGAGGGAAGAACGAAAGAAUCUAAUGAAUCCUUGCGGGAAAGGAGGAGCCCACCCACAAAAAGACAAUGGAACGAAAAGAACUUUAACUAGAUAAAUUGUGGUUUAAAUAUUUUUUGAUAUACACCAUAUAUUUAUAUAUAUAUUCCAUAACUAUAUAGAUAAACGUAUUCCAUGUUAGUGCUUAAAUCUAAUUUAUUAUUUAUCGAUUUAUCCACCCAUCCGCCCCCCCGUCCUCCCAUUCCAUGAACAAUAAUUAACCAUGCUAAGGAACAACAUUAUUUUGUAUUGUGGAGGAAAAGUCUAACUUUUAUAAUCGUAUAAGAACGUUUUUGCUCAAAGGCAAUUUUAGUUGUAAGUGACACACACCCACGCUAACUGUUAUACAAAACACGCACACGCUCAAGCCUAAUACUGUUAUACUGUUAAACUGUGUACUGUAUAUAGCCAUUAUACAUAAACCUUUAUAUAGGAUCGAAACGCUUUGCAAUUAACUGCUUAUAUGUAUAUGACACUUGAGCCUGGCCACUGUUAUACGCCAGUAUAUGUCAGUAUAACAGUGGCUCCGCCCAAUCGAUCUAGCAUUUAAUUAUCUAUAUACAACAAAAUAUGUGCGGUAUUUUUAUAUGCGGUUAAUAUAAUGUGUUGUAUUUUGACUCCACUCCAACUUAUACCUACGUUUAUACGCCUGCUAUUCGAUGUUUCAAAAUAUUUUAGGUAUUAACAAAUAAAACUUACAUAAUUGCAUAUAAUCUCCACACCGUUGAACAGAUAAAAUCAGUAUAGCAACAUUUUUCUGCCUAUUUGUAAAGAAGUUUACUAACAAUUAACCCUUUUAUUGCCUAGUUAUUUGGGUAAAUAAAGAUUUGUAUUUACAAAUAAAGCUUGUGUAUAAACGUAGUAUAAACUCUCCAUUGAUUUUAACUUAAAACAUUUUUUUUUGUUAAUAAAAAGUGAAAAUUGGAAAAAAUAAAUAAACAAACUGAAUGGAAAGUAAA